CCUGACGGUUGACCCCAACCACAUUGACUCGGACCUGCAACCUGCAUAAAAGCGCUUUCUACGGAAGCCAACCCUGUCCACCUUCUGAUGCCUCCAUUCGACGACUGGAACACCAUUGACGAAGAAGAAGAAGAAGAGCUACAGGACGCUGCAUUUUUCGAGGGGAAGCGUGAUGUUAUCCUUUUUUGCAUUGAUUGCUCAGAAUCCAUGCAUGAACUUCGAGAUGACCCUAAUUACGAAGAUGUCAAAACAUCUCACCUAUUUACUGCCCUUGAGGCAGCCAUGCAGAUUCAGAAAAAGAAAGUCGUAGUAGGCCCAAAUGAUUCUGUUGGCAUCGUGCUAUUCAAUACAGCUCGCUCUUCUGAGGCAAAAAAUCACGCUACAGAAAUCAAGAAGAACUCCUUCGUUUAUCAGCCUAUUACGCUCAUAAGUGCCCCAGCCAUUCAAGAACUGAUUCAACUGUUGGAUGCUGCUCGAGAAGAUCCAGAUCUACUCAAAUUCACGUUUCCUCCAAUUACAGGAAAGAAAAUGCCCAUGGGUGAUGUAUUCACGAGCUGCAACUGGGUUUUACGUGACGGAGCACCGAAGACAGCUUCAAAACGCGUUUUUUUGAUCACAGAUGAUGACAAUCCACACCCAGGAAGCAAGCAGCUUGUCACCUCUGCUCGGACCACCCUUCUAGAUUUGACACAAUCAGGGGUUCAAAUCGAACCGUUCUUCAUCGCCACUCCUGAGAAGCCAUUCGAGCCAACCAAAUUUUACUCGUCCGUUUUAUUGCCAAACGUAUUGAAUGACGAAGACGAAGAUACUGGUGUUCUUCCUGAAUCCAUAUCCAUUACGCGUAUCGAUGAUCUUCUGUCUCAAAUGCAUUUUCAUGAGGUGCCGAAACAUGCCAUCUUCAGCAUUCCUUUCCAACUAGCAGACGGAUUUGUGAUCAGCAUCAAGGGUUACGGGCUGGUUACAGAACAGAAGAAAGGAACUUACAAGUACUUCGUUGAUCUCGGCGAUCGCAUGGAAGUAGCCAACAGCCGUACGGUGUACGUUGACGAGGAUCAACAAGCGGAAGUGGACAAAACCGAGAUGGUCUAUGGGAUGAGUCUUGGUGCCGCCCCUGUUGAAGGUGUCAGCGACGACGAAGACGAAGGAGCUGAUACUGAUUGUCGAGCUGUUCCAUUGGGGAAAAGACCCUUUUAUACUGCAGAUGAGAUCAGGUCUUUCCGCACCCUGGACCUUGAACCGAGCAUCAAGUUACUUGGUUUCAAGAAUCGUACAGAACUAGCUUUCGAGGACAGUAUCAAACACUCUGUAUUUAUCUAUCCCAACGAACUAAAAUACUCAGGAAGCAAGCGCACAUUCGCCGCUCUCCUGAAGAAAAUGAUAGAGAAGAAGAAGAUUGGUCUCGUCCUGGCACUCACAAGACGUAACGCUGCUCCCGUUUUCUGUGCAAUGCUUCCGCAAGCGGAAAGUGGCGAAGAGGGGGGAUGGAACGAGCCUGCAGGGUUUCAUCUUAUCCCUUUGCCGUUUGCCGACGAUAUUAGAGCAGCACCGCUGGAGGAAGCGUUCCGAGCGCCGGAUGAGCUUAAGGAUGCCGCAAGGGUCUGGAUUGACAAGCUCUGUGUUAAGGACGGAGCAUAUCCACCGGAUUCCUAUCCUAAUCCCGCCCUUGCAUAUCACAAUGCACAGCUGCAAGCAAGUGCCUUCCGUGAAGAGUUUGAUCCGGAAGCCUUCGAGGAUCUUACGCGUCCAAAAUAUGAUAUGAUUCACAAGCGCGCUGGGAAUCUUAUGAAGGAGUGGAAAAGGGCUCUUCUGACCGACGAAUCCGCGAACGUCGUGCCCGUGACCACAGGGUCCAAAAGGAAGGCUGACGUGUCAGUUGACGAGGCGGAAAUCCGCAGUAAACACGAGGUUGGUGCCUUGGCCAAGCUCCGUGUGGAUCAACUUAAGGACUUUCUCAAGAGCAAGAGCCAGCCGGUGUCAGGAAAAAAGGCUGAGCUAAUUGAUCGCAUUGGCGAUUGGCUGGAUGCUCACUGAGCGAUCGCGUAAGGAAGCCGGAUUUCUUUCUUAUUUACGGUUGUGCAUCACGUGUUGAUUGCAGCUUCCUAAGAAAUUACUGUCCAAUACCUAUAUUCUUGUACUUGUACUCAACUACAUAAUAUCCUUGUAUACAUGCAUGAUGCGACUUGAU